UUGGCAGAGCUUUCAACAUGUCUUACCAAAUCGGAGUAAUUCUUUUUACUUUCCUACUUCUCGUGUCCUCCUCUCAAUCCGUCAAUCGUCGUGAUUAUAAAUCAGUGCCGGCAUCCAAACUAAAGUUUAACUCUCGUAUCGUCGGGGGUGAAGUUGCGGAUCUGGGAGCUGCUCCAUAUCAGGUGUCUAUACAGAAUGGCUUUGGCAAUCACAUGUGUGGAGGUGUCAUCGUACACGAUCAGUACAUUCUGACCGCGGCAAGUUGCGUAACAGGAAUGCAUAAAAGUAAUGUCAAGACGGUGAUGAGUACCAACGAUUGGGCUGGUCCGGCAUGGGAAUACUAUACGGAGGAGAUCAUAAUUCAUUGCAAAUUCGAUCAGCCGCUAUAUCACAAUGACAUUGCACUGAUCAAAAUGAAAUCGAAGGUUGCCUACGAUGAGGUUACUCAGAACAUAACGAUUGCUGCUCUGGAUGAUCUGGUGGAGGGAGACAAACUUGUGAUGACGGGUUGGGGCAGCUCAGAGGAAGGCGGCGAUUACGAAUUCGAUUUGAAAAAACUGGAAUUGACAUAUGUGCCGCUUGCCAAGUGUAAUUCCACUUUUGGUUAUACCAAGGAUCUGGAUAUUGGUCAUGUUUGUGCUGUUGGAAAAGCUGGAGCUGGCGCCUGUUAUGGAGAUCAGGGUGGUCCAUUGGUUGACAGUCGAGGUCGUCUGGUGGGCAUUGGCAAUUGGGGAGUGCCCUGCGGUCGAGAGUUCCCAGAUGUGUUUGCUCGCGUCAGUUUCUAUUACGAUUGGAUUCAGUCGACAAUCAAAGGCUGUGGCAUAUAUUAACCAUAAUAAACAUUGUCUGCAAUCUUUUGAAGUGUAAACGUCUGGAGAUUGUCUGCAGACAAAAUGUGAACUUUGCUUUCACUGAAUGAUUUACAAAAAAAAAAAUUUAAGCAUACUCUUAAUAACC